GAGGAGUCGUUCAUUUGUUUCAUCUUCUGCCUUCAUUAUUCUUGGAUGGGUACUCUUUAAUUACCAGCAAGGUGCCAACAUCAAGAUUGAUUCAGCAGUUGGCCAUACCAUGAAAUCUAAAUCCAAUUCUUCCUCCUCCUCCGGGAAAUUGAUAAUAGUAGUGGUGUUCUUGGUGGGGUUUAGUGCAUGGGCUUAUCAAGCAGCUUGUCCACCACCUCCCAAGAAGUUGGGAUCUGUAGAUAUCACAUCCCCAAGAAUAAAGCUUCGUGAUGGAAGACAUUUAUCCUAUAUAGAAUCUGGUGUUCCAAAAGAAAAGGCCAAAUCUAAAUUAAUAUACGUCCAUUGCUUCGACUGUAGCAAGUACCAUAAUCCUUUUGCCGUCUCAGCCUCACCGGCUGUUGUUGAAGAACUAGGGGUGUACAUUGUUGCCUUGGAUCGGCCUGGUUAUGGCCAGAGUGAUCCUGACCCUAAACGAACCGUUAAGAGCUUGGCGUUGGACAUCGAAGAGCUCGCCGAUCAGUUGAACCUUGGACCAAAGUUCUAUGUAGCCGGAUUCUCAAUGGGUGGCCAAGUCAUCUGGUCUUGUCUCAAGUAUAUCCCUCACAGGCUUGUCGGAGCUGUUCUUAUUUCUCCGGCGGUGAAUUACUGGUGGGAUAACAUUCCUUCGAACUUGAGGAAGGAAGCAUAUUCCGGGCAACUUGAACAAGAUCAAUGGUCUAUGAGUGUGGCUCACCACCUACCAUCGCUGACUUAUUGGUGGAAUACUCAGAAAUGGUUUCCUUCUUUUUCUGUUAUUGCCGGAUUUAGCCCUGCUAUUUAUUCUACCUCCGAUGUCCAAGUUUUAUCCAACAUGGUUGCUCGUAUGGAUCCCGAUCAGGCAAAAGUGUUUAAAUCACAAUCAAGACUGCAAGGAGAAUUUGAGUCACUUCAUCGUGACUUGAUUAUUGGAUUUGGGAAGUGGGAGUUUGAUCCAAUGGAUGUCGAAAACCCGUUUCCAAACAAUAAUGGGUCGGUUCAUAUAUGGAUGGGCGAUGGCGAUCUAAUUGUCCCCGUCACACUACAACGUUAUAUAGCCCAACAACUUGGAUGGAUCAAAUAUCAUGAGGUCGCUGGUGGUGGACACAUGAUUCCUUUUGCAGAUGGGGUGACUGAUACAAUUCUUAAAACGCUUCUUAACGUAAAACAAUAGCUUUAAUUACCAAAAGAUAAUUAAUCCCCGAAAUAAGAACAAAUUUUUGCAUAUUGUAUCGUUGGUUGUUAAUUUGAUUAUUGUUUGUUUUUAAA